GCUGUCACGCGGACUCGUACGAGCUGAUGGCGAUAUGGGCGAGCUUUGUACAGACCCUGGGGCUGUCGCAGGGGGCCUUCUUCAACCCGGAGACCUUCACGCCGCUGGUUCACAACGAGGCCAUGCGCGCAGCACUGCUCUUUCACAGGGAGCUCGCCGCGUUUGCGCCGCCACAAGGCCUAGCCAACGCCACCAACUGCAACAGCAUGUAUGGUACAGCGGCGCCGCUGUAUGAGGCGGGCAUGUGCGCCUUCCAACUCGCACCGCAGCCCGCUCACAAGCGCAAUGUACUGCUGUCUCCGUCCGCGGCUGUACGGAAAUUCUCUCGGGUCACAUGGCUGCCGGGCGCCACUUCGGUUCUGGACCGACCCACGGGUCGCCUGGUGCCCUGCAAAUACUCCAUCUGUCCGUUUGCGGAGGUGGUGCCUCGGUGGCCAGGCGAGGCGGCGCUGGGGGAGGCACUGCUGUCCGGUAGCGCCUCCGUCUUCGCCGCCGCAGCUGCCGCGCUCGCCGCGGCUCCGCCACCGCCUCCGCCUCCGCUUCCAUCCUCCGGCUUUGGCUUUACUCUUGCCAAUAUGGCGCCUGUUCUGGGACUCAGUCCAUUGGCGCUGGGAAUCAACAACUUCACGACUCUGAGGCAGAAGGCGUACUCGGUGCGAUGGCUGCGACGUGUUACGGACUCCGACACGGUUUGGAAACUGGUGGUAUCUCCCCUAACCCCCCUGGCGCCGUUCCGCUACGAGCACUUCUCUCCGUCCAACCUGCAGUACUGGACGGAUGCAGGGUACGACGCAGCGGAGGCGCAGGACUACUUGGCGCUGACGUACGACAUGCUGACGCACAGGAACCUCCUGUCGUACCCGAUGGCUCUUCAGCGUAUGCUGCAGUACAGAGCUGCCCUCCACACAGCCGCCUAUAACCUCUCCAAUCCCGUACUGUCCGUGGAGGAUAUAAUGGAGUCCAUGGCGAAAUCUUUAGAGGUCACGUUUGGGUCGGCGGCGUACGGCUUCGGCACGCUGAGGCUGCAGUACUUGCGGUCCAUCGGGCGCGACGACCUGCUGUCAGCGCCAGCGCCGCCGCCGCCACCGCCGCCGCCGGAGAUGCGGUAUGUGGUCGGUCGGGAGAAGGGGGUGGUGGCCGGCGCGUUGAAGCAGGGCGCCGUCGCGUCGUCGGUAGGCGCCGCUGUCGGUACGGCGGCGGCGGCGGUGCUGUUGGCGCUGGCGGCUUUUGUGUACAAGCGGCUGAUGGUGGAGCGCGGUUGGGGAUCCAGUAAGGAUCCGGGCGUUGGGCGGCAGACGACCCUGGUUGUAACGGUCCUUUGGGAGGAUCUGGACGCGCUUGUGAUGGACUUGGCGCUCAAUGUGCACCAUGAAACCAUCCGCCGCGUCAUCGCACACUGGUCGGGCUACGAAUCCGUCACGGAAGGCGACUCCUUCACAGUUGCUUUCCACAACGCAGAGGCCGCGGUGGGUUUCUCGCUACACGUGCAGUCGGAGCUCAUGGAGCAGCCCUGGCCGCCCGAGGUGCUCAUGCACGAUGCAUGCAGGCCCGUAUACGUGGUAGGGACCAAGCGGCUGCGGCACUUGAUGACCAAAGCCGCAGCGGCAGCCGCGCCCCGGCCAGUCACCCAUGUCGUCAUGAACACCCUGGACACGGAACCGACAGGUGCCUCAGCAGGGUCAGCUAGCAUGGCCCCCGCGCACAGCUCCGGAACCGGUGCCGCCGGCGGCGGCGGCGGCGGUGCGCUGUCGCUGUCGCUGUCGUUGCGCACGUUCAGCAAGGCGAUACGGAGGCUUGACGGCAUGUCCGGUCAUGUACGGCGCAGCAUGUCGUUCGCCACUCGACCUGCUUCGGGGUCUCAUUCGGCUCGCGGUGGCAGCCUGCUGCUGGCCGCGCUAGCUGGCCGAGUUGGCGGGACCAACACCGGCUUGGGUAGUCCGAGGGCUGGCGGCGGCGGCGGCGGUGGUGGCGGCGGCGGUGGUGGCGGCAGCGUCUCGGGGCUGGCGUUGGGCGGCCGUAUCCACACAGGCGACAGCAUGCUGUUGGAUGCUGCACAGUUGUAUGAAAAUACGGCAUCGUCCAGCGCCCGGAACCUGUUUGACCAUUUUUUGCCGUACAAUGUGACCGUCGCAGCGCCAGCGCCACGUUUGGGCCCCAGCGGCUCCGCUAUUCCUGCUGCUCUCGCUGCCGCCGUCGCUGGGGGAUCCGUGUCCACUUCACUUUCGCUGGGCAGGCUUCCCGCGGGCCUUAUCGCGGCCAAUGCCUCGGGCGCUGGCGGCGGCGGUGGCGGCGGCGGUGGCGGAGCCGGUACUGCGUUCGCGUUUGGCAUCUGCGCCGGUCGUGUGCCUAGCAUCGGCGGGCCGCCCCAACGUCAUAUGUCGCCCCUUCGUGGGGAGUCUAUGGAGCGCAACGACAGCGGCGCAUUUCCGUUGCUGGCUGACGGCGACGCCGACGCCGACGCGGCGGCGGCGGCGGCGGCAUUGGAUUCAGCCGGGGCGUUGGCAGCGUCAGGAUUUACCCUCUCCGGGCCGCCGCCGAUGAAUCGGUCCGGCCAGGUAUCACGUACAGGGACGUACGGCCUCGUGACGUCAGUUCCCGAGGAACCGACUUUGUCGCCGUCGAUUUCGCGCCUAGUGCGCCGUACGCAAAGCAAUGUCGUAGUUGUCAGCGGCGUUGGCGGCGGCGGCGAAGACGCGUUGGCGGCGGCUGAGUCGUCGUGGCAGGCUGGUACGGCAUCAGCUGCCAGCUUUCGAGGGCCGACGCCGGCUCAUAUGUCUUCGCCGCUGAAGGCGUUUUUGGACGGUGCCGUUGCAACCGGCGCCGGCCGGCGACCCAGCCGGCUUGCUGACCCACCGCCGCCGAUCUACCAGCCCUCCCAAGACGAUGCCCGUGACCAAGCCGGCAGCGGCGGCGUUCUACCGACCCCAUCGUACCUGUACGGAUCGGUUCCCGACACGGCGUCGCUGCGUUAUACGGCCGGAACAGUAGCAGCAGCAGCUGGCGGCGGCGGCAUUAUGCCCCAUGCGCCGCCAUCCCUUCCGAAUGAGCUCCGUCAGCGUCAGCUGCUGGACGACAGCGGGGGCGGACCCACGGGUCGCUCUCUACAGGGCUGGCGCUCCUGGACAGAGAGCUCCCUUGGCUUCCUCCGCCGCGUGCAGCGAAGUUUCCGUCACGUCACGUCCGCGGCGGCGGCGGCGGCGGCGGCUUCCAAGGUUAGUUUCUCUGGAGCGCGGUCCGGAGAAUCUGGCGGGGGCGGCGCCGCCGCCACAGGCGGUGGGAGCGGCCCCGCCACCGCCAUCUCCGCGGCGGAGCCCCUGGAGUUCACGGGCCGCGAAGCCGCCGCCGCCGCCACGGCGGCGGUCUGGGAGUUGGAAAGCCGGUCAAGUUCCCAGUCCCAAGGAACUCCUAGCAGCAAUGUGUCACAAGGGUCCAACAUUCAGAGCACGCUGCAGCUGCAGCCCAUCCGCCAGGGCCGGCGCGGCGGCAGCAGCACCGCCGCUGCCGGCGGCGCCGCCGGCAAGACGCUGUACGCUUCGCCAUCAACGUACGGCUCGGAGCUGCGGUCCACGUGGACGGAAUUGCCGUACAACCUGGGUAUCGACCCCGCAAAUGUGGGAGCUGUGCUUGUGUUUCGUGGGCCCCGAGUCCGCUGCGGCCUGCACAGCGGUGUGCGCACCCCGGCGGAACUGUGCUCCCCCCAGUUCCUGGCCAACCGCGUGGCGCUGUGGCGGCUGGGCGACUACGUGCUGGGCUCACCACGACUGCCCGCCACAAUCUACCAGCUUUCCAAUACGGCCCUGGUGCUGAGGGCGGCGCUGCAGCGACCGCUUACUCGGACUUUCAUGGCUCUCGGCCGGGGUCUGCUCGAUGCCCCGCUGUCGGUGGUGGCGUGUGCGGCCAUUCGCCUGGCGCCUAGUUCGCUGCUGGAGAGCGCCCCACCGGCCGUCAGCCUGGAAGCGGCGUCAGUCCUUCAGGCUCUGUGCUACCAGUACGCGCGGCUGCAUGGCGGCUACCUGGCACAGCUGGGCGUGGGUCGGGCGCUGUGCGUCUUUCCGGACGCGUACCGAGCCGCGUUGUGGGCUGCACUGGUGGUGGCGGGUAUGGCGGGCCAUGGGUGGAGCGAUGAGCUACUGGCGACGGAGUGCUGCGGGGCGCGGAGUAUCCUUGACUCAAGGGGGCGUGAGGUGCAGCUCGCGCGGGGGCCUCGAACACAGGCAGUAGUGCACUUCGGCGCCGUGUCCACCUCGCUACAUCCGUUAACCGGUCAAUUGUCGUACGAAGGCGGGGCCGUCGACAUGACGAUGCGCGUCCUACACGGCCUCAGUACGACAGGUGUGGUGGCCACGUUGGAGGCGGCGGCGUCGCUGCGGCGAUACCACCCUGCGGAGGCGGCACGCGCAGCGGCGGCUCUGGGUGCCGUCGCUGGCGGCGCCGGCGCCGGCGCCAACGGCAGCAACACCAGCAACGGCCCACCGACGUCGCAGCAGCUGGUUUUGCCGUAUAGAUACCGUACGGAUGUCGAGGGUGGCGGCGGCGAUGGCGCAGGCAGCGUCAGCGCUAGUCAACGCAGUAGCGCUGCGACUUGGCGGGACGUGUCCGUGUCUGUACGGUCGAACCUGCAGCAGCAGCAGCUGCUGCCGCCGCCGCACAUCCUCGCUUAUCCUCACCACCCUCACCAUUACCACCACAGCCAGCAGCAUCAGGGGCAGCAGCCUCAGGACGGUCUGCUUCCCCGAUCCCGAUCCUCAGCCGACCGCCUGCCUUUGCCUCCGGGCCACACAAGUCGAGACGCCGGCGGCAGUAGCAGCGGCGGAGGGUACGGCGGCGGCGGCGGCGGCAGUAACCCUCGUGGGCGGUUGUUGUCCAACAUGCCGCAGCCUCGGGUGGGCGGCCAAGGUGCGCUAGCCAGCGGGGCCUUAGCUGCUGGACGGCAGCCUCGAGUUGUCGUACCGCGCCGCGCCAGCGGCCCAAUCUUGGGCCGUGGCGGCGGAGGCGGCGCCGCCGCCGCCACCUCUGCCGCUGCUGUUCCCAUGAGCCCAUCUGUGGGUAGUCCUGACGGCAUGCUAGCCGCCGCGGCUGCCGCCGCCAGUAGCCUCUCGUGGCGGCGCGGCGACGACGUCCUCCGUGGCAGCAGUACGGCACAACGCAGUCCGGCGCCGCGGCCGGCGCCGCCGGUAAUACCAGUUGGGACUGACUCCGCCAACACCUCAGGUACCGACGGCACCGACGGGGGCGGCGGCGGCGGCGGCGGCAGCCGGGGGGAAGGUCACCUGGACAGCGGCGGCGCCGCCGCCGGAACCUCGAUGUCGGAGGCAAGGCGUGGAAGCCAGCAGUCCUUCCUUAACCUCGGCGCGAUGGCGGCGUUCCGUAGCUGCGGCGGCGGCGGGGGCGGUGCCGCCGCCGCCGGAAGCGGUGCGCCAUCGCCUGCCUUGGGCCCCAGCGGCGACGCCGCUGCUGGCGGUGGAGCUGCCGCAGGCGAGGCGGCAGCCCGUGCCGCGGCACUCAGCACCGCCGGCGGCACAUGCAACGACUCCCUGUUGCUGCUGCUGACCAUGUCGAGCGAGUUGCCGCCGACGUCUGCUUUGGCAGGCUUAACGGCGGCCGCUGGCGGCGGCCGACGCGAUUUCAGCAGCGGCAAUCCGUUGUUGGGCUGGAUGGUCAGCGGCGGCGUACCUUUGGGCAGCGCCGCCGCCAAUGCCAUGGUCACGAGCACACGGCCGGGCCGCUCGGGGUCUCACCUGGACUCUGCCUUUGCCAGCGCCUCAGACAUACGUACGGGGGAUUGCACCGGCGCUGACGGCAUGGAGGUGUCGUCACUGUCACAGAUUGUGGGGCCCCAGUCUGCUGCUCAUGCUAUAGCUACCACCGCCGCCGGCGAGGAUGCGUCGCCACCACAGGAGCCGAUGCCGCCGGCGGCAGCGGCGGCGGCGGCGGUGGGUGCGGAUGUGGGGGAGGGUGUCAGCGCUGCUAAUGUUGCGACUGCUGCAACGGAGGCGGCGGUGACGGCGGCGGACGUGACUGCGGUGGCAGGCGCAGCGAUGGCACCUGCAGCGGGGUCAUCGACAGUGGCGGCGGUGGCGGCGGAUCCCGGCGAUGAAGUAAAAAGACGCAAUACGACUACCGUGGCUUCAGAGCCGCCGUACACAUCAUCAUCAUCAUUACAAUCACAAUCAUUACCGCGGACCGUUGCGGCCGCGGAAUCGACUUCUCCACACCUGCUACCGCCGCCACUGCCGCCGCCGACGGUGCCGCCGCCGACGAAGGUGCCGCCGCCGCCGACGGUGCCGGCGGUUGGCGCCGCUGGUUUGGUGUCUCAAAUCGUCAAUGCGCCAUCCGUACCGUCGAAUGACGCCAGUGACUGUCGACCGGUUCCGCCAGGGGCCGCGAUAUCGUCACAAUCCGUGUCUUCUGGGGGGUCAUUGUCGCCGUCGUCGCCGCUGUCCAAAAGGCGCGGCAACACCAUUGUCGUGGCGGCGGCCGCCGCCGCCGCUGCCGCUAGCACGGUUGUGGCGGCCGCCGCCGCUGCAGCGGUGGCGCUGCCGACGGCGCGCCAGAGCGUCGACUCCUCCGCCGCCGCCAUCAGCUCUACACAGCCCAGCGACUCGGCAGAGGCGAGUUCGGAUCCAGACGUGGCGCCAUCAGCCGCCAUGGUGUUGCCGCCGCCUAUCAGACGGCCACCGCCGCUGCCGCCGUACCCGCGACAGCUGCGAGCCCAGCAAAGCGCCCGCGACGCAGCCGCCAGCGGAGGACUAGGCCCAGAGGAGCGAGUCUAUCAGUCUUUCACUUUUGGACAGAAAGGCAGCGCCAUGGCGCGUCCGCGGCUGCAAGAUCUGCUAGCGGUCAGUCCGUACGCCUCGACGGCGGCUGCGGCCAUCGCCGCAGUCGCCGGAGGCACAGGCGGCGCUGGCAGCCGCCGCGCCGGGCAGCAGGGCAAAGGGCACGGCGCGCGAGGUCGCGCAGGUGCAGCGGUGGGGUACGGCAACGGUGGCGGCGGCGGCGCGCAGCGAGGCGACGCCGUCACCGAAUGGAGUCCGCCGAUUGUGCCGUCGGACGCGGCGGGCAGGACCUGGGGUGCGGACUUGCCGUCGCCGCCGUCAAGCCGUACGGGGUACGGCGUUGGGCAGAGUUCGUCGUCCCUAGAGGCCCUCAUCCGAGGCCCCAAUGGACGCAUCAGUCGCUCGUUCACUUUCACGACACAUCGCCGCUCGCCCCUGGCUAUUUCGUCGUACGCUGGCGAUCCGGAAGUCGGUGCCGCCACCAACGGCGUCGCCGCCGCCGGCGGACCAAAACCUAUGUCCAGUCUUUCGCGUGUGCUGUACGGCGCCGGGCCUGCGCGUCAAAAUUCGGGUGCUGCAGUCAGCAGCGCUGGCGGCGAUGGCCCCAGCGGCGCCACCUCCGCCGCGCUGAUGCACCCCUCGCCGUCCUGGCCUCGGACUACCCGCGGACGGCGCGGCGGCGCACCGCCACAUCACCCGCAAGGCAGCGGCGGCGCCGGUGGCGUGGCGGCCGCCAUCGCCGCCGCCGCCGCCUCUGGUUCACUUGUUUCGGGCCCGUAUGGCGCCGGCUCGGUGCAGUACUGGGCCCACGCCGGCGUGUCGCCAUUCGCCCUGCAGUCGGACUUCCCCCACAGCAGCAACAGCGUCGGGACGCUGCAGAUGUCGCACCACUCGACGCAGCUCAGGAUCAGCAUCGGUGAGAUCCGGGUCAACAGCGGCAACAACGAUGGCCGAGGCAGCGGCUGCCCCUCGGGCGCCUCCGCCGCUGCCUCACCGCCAAACUGGGAGCCGCCCACCGCCACAACCAGCUCCGCAGCGACGGCAGCGGCGGCGGUGGCGGAGCCGCCGCCGCCGCCACUGACGCUGGCCAGCGGCCCCAGCAGCGGUGCCGGACAGCUUAGCGGCAUCCUAGCGCGGGUCCGCAGCACCAUGGCAAAAUCCAGAUCCAAAUCCCUCACUCGUGGAUUCGUAUCGGCCAUCACCCCGCUAGACACGUCCUCGCCAACUGCCGGCACGUCGCCCCAGGGUGGGAGCGGCUCAGGAUCUAUACGGCACGACUCGGCAGUGGUGGCGGCGGCAGCGGCGGCGGCGGCGGCCAUCACCGCAGGAUCCGGCGACGCCAGCGGCGCCAGCAUGCGCCUUCCAACGCCAUCGCAAUUCCCGUCAGGCAGCAGCGGCGGCGGCGGGGCCGGCGGCGGCGCCGUCACCGCACCAUCCCGUACGCUGCGUGGCCUUCUGCUAACGGAGAAGCUGCCGACGCUGCCUGAGGCUCGUAUGGCGCCGUUGCUGCGGGAGGUACGGCACCUGAGGCUGCGGCUGGUACCCCUGCGACUGGCAACUCGUGGGAUUGGCGGCGGCGGCGGCGGCAGUGCUGCCAAAGGGUCCAUCACGUCGGCGGGGACGGCGGCAACGCAGGAAACCGGGGACCCCAUGACUGGCGGAACCGUCGGGGAGGCUCCGCCGCCACCGCCGCCGUACGAACGACAGGAGCGACAGCGGCGGGAGCAGCAGCUGUACGGCGCAGGGAGGGUUUCGGAGUAUAUGCAGGGGAACCUGCGUCUAGGAACGGACCCCGGAUUCGUCGCCUCCACCUCCCCUUCCGCCUCCCUCCUCGGCAUGUCCGGAGGGGGGCUCGCCUCUGGACCCGAGGCCCCGGGCUCCACGAUGAGGCGGCGGUGGGAGGCGGGGAGGCCGUCGGUGGACGGCGACACGCUGCUACCCACUACCGGCCCAAGCAACGGCGGUGGCGGCGGCGGAGCUGGGGGCGGAGCUGGCGGCGGCGGCGGCGGCGGCGGCGGCGACGAGUCCCCUGGCACCGCUGCCCUAGUGAACCAAUUUCUCAGUGGGUUUGCGGACCUGUCUGACCCCCAGCUGGCGGAGCUGUGGGCUGGUCACCCGGAGUGGUCGCUGCUGCAGGACAGGAGGCUGGCGGACGUGGCACAGCUUCGCACCCGGUUGGCCAUCCAGGCGGCAAACGACCGGGUGCUCGACAGAGACAACUUCCUCUUUUGA